UAAUCCAAAAGUAACUCGAAUUGGGUCCGAAUUUUCCUCCAACAAAUCUUCUUGUUGAGCGCUUACAUAAAUUUCCUCAAACGCAAAAACCCUAAAAGUAAAAUCACUCCUCUUUUGCCCUCUUUUUAAGUUUUAGCUAUGGCGGAUUGGUCGUUACUUCCAUACGAUCUACUUGUUACAAUAGCAAAUCGUGUUACAGUUAUGGAGGAUUUCAUUGUUUUUGGUGCCGUUUGUAAAUCAUGGCGAAUUGCUGCUACCAAAGAGAAUUUUGAUGGACCAUUCCCACAACUUCCAUUGCUUAUGUUGGCUGUUGAAAGAGACGACGCCAAUGAUUAUCGUGAAUUUUACUCUCUUUCGAAGGAGAAAAUAACACGAGUAUUUCUUCCAGAAGCUAGAUCUAGAAAUCGAGAAUGUUUUUCAACAAUGGGAUGGAUUGCCACCGUCGAAUAUACAGGUAUCGGAGAGAUGAAGUUAUCGCACCCUUUUUCACAUUCUCAAAUUCAUCUUCCUCCCCAUAUUGGUUUGAGAGAUUGGGAACCAACUCAUGAAAAUAGCUAUGUGUCUAUCAAUAAAAUUAUAUUAUCUGCUAAUCCUUCGUUUUCGUCCGAUUUUGUUGUGAUUAUUUCGUAUAGUAGACAUAAAAGUUAUUUGGCUUGUUGGCGACCUGGAGAUCUCUUUUGGACUCCAAUUGAUGAUGUUGAUGAAUUUGGUGAAUUAUGGGAUAUACACUACUUUAAUGGACAGUUUUAUAUGAUUACUUCUAGCGGAGUUUGGGUUAUUGAUGAGGAUUAUGAACCUCAAUUGGUUAUUCAGAAAAACAAUUAUGGUCCGCGAAAGCAGCUCUAUCUUGUCGAAGUAUCAGGUGCACUGUUACUUGUUUCACAAUUUUGUAAGCAUGAUAGUUUUUUUGGAUCCUAUAUGACCUAUGACUUUCGAGUAUGGAAACUCGAUUUAAUUAGACGUAAAGCAAAAGAGAUUAAAGUCUUGGGAGAUAGUGCAAUUUUUUUAGGGAAGAAUGGAUCAUUUUCAAUUGACACGUCUAAGUCGAAAGGAGUGAAGCCUAAUCACAUCUAUUUUACUGAUAAUUGGAAAUACGGAGAUGGCAAAGAUAUGGGAGCUUACAACUUUGAAGAUGGAAAAAUUCAAUCUUUUUAUGUGGGUGUUUCUGUUCAUCCUAUUUGCCCGGCAACUUGGGUUAUCCCAUCAUUAUGAUAUCAAAAGGGGAAUUGCACAUACCUCUGCGACAUUCUCUAGCCUAGUAAUUUUGGCCAUUUAUUUACGUUUUCCGUCUUAUCAGAGUAAAGUUUUAAGAAUUAUUUGCUUUCUUUGAUCGUAAUCGUGUCUGUAUGUUUAUGUUUUGAAUUUCAAUCUUCUUUUAAGUAAAUUUUGAUGAUACUUCCUAUGAAUGAUUUAGGCUUGUGA